ACCGUCACUCAGAGUCCCUCAAUGACAGCAGCUCAACCAGGACAAACUGUGGAGAUCAACUGUAAAACCAGCAGAGAUGUGGCCAGUUAUUCCGGAACAUACUUUUUCAGCUGGUACUUACAGAAACCUGGAGAAGCUCCUAAACUCUGGAUUUAUGGAACAAACAGCCUCCAGUCAGGAACUCCAUCUAGAUUCAGUGGCAGUGGAUCUAACAGUGAUUUCACUCUGACCAUCAGUGGAGUCCAGACUGAAGAUGCUGGACAUUAUUACUGUCUGAGUUUCCACACUGGUCCAGUGAUCACACAGACUUCAUCACUGACACACACAACAAUCUUCAUCAACAUGACCUUCAUCAUCAUCUGGACACUUUUAUACUGCUUUAUUCUACAAGGCUGUAGAGCUCAGAUCACAGUGACUCAGACUCCUGUGAAAACUGCUGCAUCAGGAGAAACUGUUGAGAUGAGCUGUAAACUCAGUACUGCUUCAACCUGCAGUACACCCUGUGUGGCCUGGUACUUACAGAAACCUGGAGAAGCUCCUAAACUCCUGAUUUAUUUAGCAAGCACCCUCCAGUCAGGAACUCCAUCUAGAUUCAGUGGCAGUGGAUCUAACAGUGAUUUCACUCUGACCAUCAGUGGAGUCCAGACUGAAGAUGCUGGACAUUAUUACUGUCAGAGUUAUCACUACAUCAACAGUAAAUAUGUGUUCACACAGUGA